AUGCGCCAUAAUCCGUCAUUAAAGCCCUGGUUGGCAAUACUCCUCAUUACCCUGUUCACCUCGUCUGUCACAGCCCACUCCGUUAUCGUCUAUCCUGGAUGGAGAGGCAAUAACCUUCAUUCCACCGGCAAUAUGACGGAGACAGAUGGUUUGGGUAUCGGUAGAGGGGCGAAUGCAUCGGAACUGCUAUAUCCAGCUGGAAUGCAAUGGGCGUAUCCAUGCGGUGGAAUGCCAAUGUCCAAUAAUCGAACGAAAUGGCCAAUUAAAGGAGGCGCAGUUUCCUUCCAACCUGGCUGGUUUGCCGGGCAUAAAACGGCAUUUAUCUACAUAAAUAUGGGUUAUGGGACUAUUCCUCCAAAUAUGAGCCAUCCAAUGAUCGCCCCAUUCCAAAUAGUUUCACCUACGAACGAAGAAUAUCCAGGCACGUUCUGCCUUCCACAAAUUCCGUUGCCGCUGAAUGCAAACCUGAAAGUCGGCGAUGAUGCAACGAUACAGCUCGUCGAAAUUGCUCAGCACGGUGCUGCUCUUUAUAAUUGCGUCGAUAUCACCCUAGCAGAACCUGAAGAUGUCCCAGAGGUGACCAAGGAAAACUGCUUCAACUCCACCCACUUAUCAGCCAGAUACCUAUUCGCGAUGGAUGUCCAGAAUGCCGCUUCCUCGACCGUCUCAUCAUCGCAACUGACCUAUGCUCUUGUUCCAAUGCUGCUGGUCGGCUCUUUUGGCCUCCUAUUUUAA